AUGCCCGAGGCAGGCACCGACCUCAAGUCUCCGAAGCCUCGUCGUCCACCUCCCAAGGGCGACAACCCUCUCUCUCGUCAAGUCCACUUUGACGAUCCCAACUCCAAGGCAAAGCCGCGCUCAGCUGCCGACCAAGAGCCAAAAAACACACAGCCAGACUUCCACCCGCAGGUCGGUCAACCGCCUCUGCCAAACCUCAACCGUCCUCCCUCGGACCAGUGGUUUACAGCUGCCAACCCGACGCGCAGUAUAAAUCUGCCUGGAACCCAGCCGCCAUACGCCCAUUUCCCUCAUCUACAUCCUCACCCCCAAUUCCAACAGCAAUCUUUUGUCCAGGGCGUGACAUACCUCCCUGCUGCCACCAUGGGAGAUUAUCAGAAUUGCGUGCCUCCCCCCACGGGAGUCAACUUUCAGCCUCCAGUGCCGGAUACCACGUUUGGGCCGAUGCCACAUGUUUAUGUGCCUAGGUUUGAUGGUGGGCCGGUAUACGGCGGCGGCAUUGUUCAUCCAGUGGCAGCCGCUCCGCAGAGCUACGUCGUCCAGCCCGGAAUGGUGCCCUUGGCCCAGCAGCCCGUCAUGCUCAACGCUCAGGCAUACGUCCCUGUAGGUUGCCCCGGCAUCCCAGGUCAGCCGAUGAUGAGCACCGCUGCCAUGCCAGCGCCCAUGAUGGCCGCCGCCGCCGCUCCGGGAGCAGGCGCAGGUCCCAUCCCCGUCAUCCCAGGUAAUCCCCCUCCCCCUACUCCCAUCUCGACGGCCGUGCCCGAAGUGUCUGGUAUGGGGCGUACGCCCAACGAGGAAAUGCUCCGUCAGGUCGAGUUUGCCUACAGCAACCGCUUGUUCGAGCCGCAGGACUUUAAGCCUGCUGAUGACGAUCCGUCCCGCUAUUACUAUGUUCGUGAGGUUGACGGGAACUGGACCCAGCGCAACCGUUUUACUAUUGAUCACAUGGGCGAUUGCAGGUGGUAUGUCACUGAUGAGGGGUGGUUUUACGCAGUGAGAUUGCCGGAUUAG